AUGAGCGUCUCGGGGCAUUCCCGACAGCCAGUUGACGUGGUGGAGGAAGGAAUCUCUGUACUGUGGGGCCCAGAAAAUGCCACUAGUGACAUUGUCCUUAUACACGGUCUCCAAGGCCAUCCGAAGAAUACAUGGCUCUACAAGAAGUCUUCGGUAUUCCGCUCCAGGAAAGCAGAAGCCGCGAGUUCCUGCUACUGGCCCGAAGACCUCCUCCCGCACGAUUUCGCUACAUGUCGCAUCCUCACAUACGGUUACGACUCCAGAAUCAUCCGCAACUUCUUCUCGGGCGCUGCGAACCGCACAAACAUACUUGGUCAUGCAAAGCUGUUCCUGGAUGAGAUGGAAGAACAACGUCGAGAGUGCCGAAACAGGCCCCUCGUAUUUGUCGCUCAUAGCCUCGGGGGCUUGCUUGUUAAAGCCGUGCUACGGCAAGCGUCAGAAACUAGCCCAGACCCAGCAAACGGCCGGUUCUUCCAUCAAAUACUCGCUGCCACUGUGGGUACCGUGUUCCUGGGCACCCCGCACCGUGGGAGUGACUACGCAGACUUCGCGAAAAUGAUUGCUAAUGCGGCUCGAGCCGCACAACUAGACAGAAGCACCAGUCUACUCGCGGACUUGAAGCCAGAUGCUUCAAUGCUGGAGGUUCUAAAUGAAAGCUUCUUACAACUAGUAGAGGAACACCAGUUCCAGCUGGUCACAUUUGAAGAAGGCAGAGGACUCGGUAUGCCCUUAAUCGCAAGAGGGCCCGUCGUUCGGUCUUGGUCGGCGCAUCUCGGGUUAGUCGAGAGCGUCGAGCAGAAGUACACGAUCAAUGCCGACCAUCGGAAUAUGUGUCGAUUCCACGGACGUGAUUCGCCGGGGUACGGCCAGAUCAGAAGGGCUAUUGAGGGCUGCAUUCAAAGGGGUGUAGAACCACUCUUUUGGAUCAGGGGGAAGCCUGCGUCAGGAAAAUCCACUUUGAUGAAGAUGGUCCUCGACGACGCGAGAACUAGUUCGGCCUUCGAGAGGAACGCAAGAGGAAAAACUGUAGUGGCUGCGUUCUUCUUCCAUGACCGUGGCUCUGACCUACAGAAAAGCUUGGAAGGACUCUUGAGAGAUGUCCUCUGGAAGAUUUCCAAGGAAGUCCCCUCCCUCGGUCAUCUUUUUCUAAAUUCCUACGAGCAAAAGGAUAGCCUAGUACGCGAUUCAGGGAGCACUCCAUGGACUCGGAGCACCACUCUCCCAAUAUUCCGCGCCAUGAUGGCACAAGACAUCAUCGAAGUCUCUGUUCUACUGUUUAUAGAUGCCUUGGACGAGUACUCCGGCCACCACAAGGAUAUCGCAAUGUUUUUGGAAUCAUGCAAGGGGGCAAAGAAGACAAAGUUGAAGAUAUGCUUCUCCAGCCGACCUGAGCAGGAAUUCCUUGACCGGUUCGCUGACACUCCCGGCUUUUAUAUCCACGAACAGACCGAAGACGACAUUCGCAAAGUCAUUGAGACUGAGUUCGAUAACAACACUCGAAUGAAGGGCUUUCUCGUAGGCGCUGACCACCAGGAGACGACGGCAGUCGUGGAGCUACAAAAUCGAAUCCUGGAAUUAUCUAACGGAGUUUUCCUCUGGACUAGGCUGAUUCUGGACGAGCUUCUUGACGAGUAUACAGGCGGCGCGACGCUUGAAGAACUCCGAGUACUUCUGGAGAAAGUCCCUGGAGAUUUAGAGGAUUACUAUGACUACAUGGUUGCGAACCGCAUCAGCAAAGAUGAACGACACGUGGUGGAACGGCGGCGCAUAUUCCAAAUUCUACAAUGCGGGGAUGUCACUUCACUGCGCGAGUUAUUCUUGGCCGUCGAAUUGGCUACUGUGCGCGAUCUCAGCACGUACAAGGCCACUUUACCGAGCGAUCUUGACCACGCCAGACGUCGUCUGAAACGGAGAUGCGGUCCCUUGGUGGAAGACAAUCAUCGCUUUCCGGCACCGAAGGGGUCAGUGAUGGUAGAAGAUCCAUUACGUGACAAACAUGAGUUGGACAUCGGAGACUGCGACCCGUCUCUUAUACGCAACAGACCUCAAUUCCUUCACCAGACGGUGAAGACAUGGUCCUCCAAGUCUCCUGGGAUUUCUGUAGAAGGAAACGGGUACGAGUAUCUCUUGAAAGCCGCUGUGCAUACUGCACGAUGUAACCGGGGUCUGUGGCCUGGCCAUAUCAAUGUGCUAACCGCUCGCAUACUGGGUGCCAACGCGGCCGGAUCCGAUACUCUCUGGAUACCGUCCUGCAUAAACGUCAUAAAGAUCGCCAGUCUUGACUGGGGCGGGGACUAUGAUGUAUCCGUCCUUGCGGCCCUAGCAGGAGUUCCUUCGCUCUUGAAGAAAGCGCUCAAGACAACUGAAGCGCAUACACCGGUGACCUUUAAACAAUACUGCAGGUGGAUUGCGGACUACAACUUCCGUAAGGUUGAUGUUCAUUGGGAUGCGGAGAUCCCCUCCACCAUCAUGGACCAUGAAUUGAUAUCCGAGUCCCUUCCUUACUGGACCGCAGCGACUUUCGAUGAUAUCGGAAUCUUGGAUUCGUCUCUACGAGGAAACGACGCGGUAUAUCAUUCAAGACGUAGGGUCGCAAUACCAGCCGCCGCGGGAGGAUGGAUCCUAAUGGAGGAGGUCAUAGCGAGCCUCGUCGCAAUGGCGCUUAGGAAGACCUCCCUGAAAGUUGAACAUGGAGGCUACCCCCUACUCUUUCUGAAUCUCAUCAAGGAUUUCGAAGUAGUGGCCAGCUUCAACGAGAAUGAUGGACAGCUAUCAAUCAGCCAGGCUAGAAGCUUGUUGGAUGCCCGUACCCACCUUGGGAAGUGGAAUGUAGGGGGAACAAUUAUGGGAUCCCGCACACAUGCGCACUUCCCCUCGCUACUUGCACUACCCGCACCUAGCAACCCUUACGUAUCUGGAGGCCCGAGCUCCCAAAAGGGCUUGAAAAGGACAGAAGGUUUCUAUAACUUUCCCAAGCAGGCGACGAAGGAAGGGUGA